AUGAAUGCACUCAUGGAAAUGUUUGGUGACCUCAACUUCACUGUCCUGGGAUUCUCCUGCAAUCAGUUUGGCCUUCAGGCACCUGAGGUAAAUCAUGAAACACUCAACCUUCUCAAGUAUGUAAGGCCAGGUGGGGGGUUUGUCCCCAAGUUCCCUGUGUUUGGCAAGAUCGAGGUCAAUGGGUUGAACGAAGAACCUCUUUUCGCCUAUCUCAAGGAGUCUUUGCCCUAUGUGAACCCUGUCAUAGGAGAUAUAAAGAGGCUCUACUGGUCACCCAUCAAAGUCAAUGACAUUCGCUGGAACUUUGAGAAGUUUCUAAUCGAUUCUGAUGGGGCGCCUUUCAGGCGUUAUGAACUUCAUGGCCCUACUGAGAACGUGGAGAAAGACAUCGCAGGCCUACUAUAA